GGCUGUCCAGACAGUUUCGCCACCCAUUCAAGAGGUUCGGCCAAGAGCUCACCGUCUUGUUUAUUCGAAGCACCACCGGGGACCUGUGUUGAAGUUAGUAACAAGGCAAGCAGAGCCCUCCCGUCGGUCCACGUGGAUGGGACACUCUUCACACUUUUCAGAGAGAAAUCAACGGCUGUUAUAAGGUGUAUUUUCAACUUCUUCCUCCGGAAACUUGAGCCAAAAUGGCGUGCGAGAACAUCUUUGAGAAUCCCAUCUCCACCGAUGCGCCGCCUGGAAACAUUGGCAGGAGACAGGACCAUCCAGUGCCUCGCUUGGGCAUCACGGCUUCAUCCCCAAUACAGACCAACAAGUUCUAUGCAAAUUUCUUCCUAGGAGAUCGGGCCUCUCCGACCUUCCUCCACCCGUACUCGGUGGCUUGGGGCCAGGGCAGGGGAUCCUCGGGCAGCUGGGGGCUGGCCAUUUCGCAUAUCGAAGCCGCCCAGAGAGUCUUUGGCGAGACUGAUCCGGUUACGAGAGCUGCUAGGUACUUCAUCAACCCCAUUGGGAUUCACUCCGUCUCCAUUUCUGCCCGGGGGCUGGGGCCCGGCACCGCCCUAACUAUGGAAUCCUUGACAGAAUUCUCGGCCCAAGUCAGUUUGCGCCCCAGUGCCCAAGCCGCGCCCGCGGUGCAGUUUCCCCUCGUCCAGGGAUCAGCAUUCAUCACCGCCAUCUUCAACGGCGCAGUCCCCUUGAUCCAGACCGAUGUCUUUUUCAGGACUGUUACCCGGGUUACCGGCGAAGUGAAGCCCGGCAUUACCAAGUACAAAAUCCUUCUUGAAGAUGGGAGAACCUGGCUGCUAUACUCCUAUCGGACAAGCGGCAAUCCCCUAGAUCUCCAGGUUGUCAAUAAUACUCUUGCACAGUCAAACGGACCGUUCAUUGGUAUCAUCCAGAUUGCUAAGGACCCUGGAAACGGCGAGGCUAUGUAUGACCAGGCAUGCGGUACCUAUCCCACGGGAGUCCAGCUCUCGGGAGCCGUGGGCGGCAGGAGAGGAUCAUACAAGUUUGCCUUCACGAAGGCGGGAAUGUCUGGAACAACGCUCCCCAUGUUCGCGUUACCUCAUCACCAGGAUUCGUUUGACGAUGCUACACGGGCAAGGAUGACGGGCGUGAAGCUGCAGACCACCACAAAGGGUGUUGCAACUGCGGUUGUGGCUGAUUCCUGGACGAUGGUCGAGACAAAUCUCCCAACGGACAUCGGACUUUUGCCCUGGUCACCGACGACUGGAAGCACCAAGAUCCUAUCUGAGUCCACGAGAGCCUUCAUCCGUAGCAUUGCCCAGAGAGAGAUCUCGCAGGAUAUCCUCCAGCAAACGAACCUUGACUCGAUGUAUUUCAGCGGCAAGGCUCUGGCUAAGUUUGCUUGCAUCAUGUUGGCAACCAAUGAUCUCUUGGGCGAUAGUGGGCUGGCCCGGUCAGGCUUGAACAGGCUCAAGGAGGCGUUUGCUCGAUUUGCGAACAACACGCAGCAGUUCCCUCUGGUAUAUGAAAGCGCCUGGGGAGGUGUUGUCUCAUCAGCAACGUAUGUAACCGGCAACCAAGGCGUCGACUUUGGGAACACGCUGUACAACGACCACCACUUCCAUUUUGGCUACUUCAUCUACACUGCCGCUGUCAUAGGGUAUUUGGACCCUUCCUGGAUCCCCGCCAACCGGGGGUACGUCAACCUGCUAGUCCGCGACAUCGCCAACCCCAGCACCCGGGACCCCUACUUCCCUACCUCGCGGUCAUUCGACUGGUUUCACGGCCACAGCUGGGCCAAGGGCCUCUUUGCUAGCUGGGAUGGCAAAGAUCAAGAGUCCAGUUCUGAGGACACGAUGCACGCCUACGCCCUGAAAAUGUGGGGUGCCGUGUCCGGCGACCGGAACAUGGAAGCCCGGGCAACACUGAUGCUCUCUGUUCAACGACGCUCCUUGCAAUACUACUACCUCUACACGCGCGCCAACACGGUCCAGCCGAGCCAGUUCAUCGGGAACAAGGUGGCCGGGAUCCUCUUCGAGAACAAGAUUGACCACACGACCUACUUUGGCGCCAACAUUGAGUACAUCCAGGGGAUCCACAUGCUGCCUCUGCUUCCGUACACGCCCUUUAUCCGCACGCCCGAGUUCGUCAGGGAGGAGUGGGACGCCCUGUUCUCGGGCGGCCGCGCCCAGGCCAUCCAGGGCGGCUGGAAGGGCAUUCUGUUUGGUAACUACGCCACCAUCGAACCCCGCGCCGCCUACGACUUCUUCAGCCAGACUGGCUUCGAUGACGGCUGGUUGGAUGGAGGUGCUAGCCGGACUUGGUAUCUGUGUUAUGCCGCUGGUAUGUUUCUUCUUCCCACGUUGCCUCCUGGCAAGAGAAAAAUAUAAUUAUUUGGAGUCCUCUGCUUCGUUUCUUCUGACCUAUACUAACGCGGUUUUUGGGAAAAGCUUUGGCUGGACUAUGAGUUACUUCCCCUCUUUUUGGCUUCGGCUGAGUACAGUAGGGCGAUAGAGUGUCAGCUUAGUUACAGCGGCUCUGAUUUUGACUAGUUAACUU